AAGGAAAAUAAAAUCGAAGCCUCGCCUGCUUAUACGUGCCCAGUGCACCAGUAGUGAGAGAAACUGGUGAUAAAGUUACCGAGACUAGUCAGACUACAGCAGUAUCAUAGUUCCGUGUGCUGGCUCUAUAUACUGUACAGCGCUCUAAUUUCAAGUGACCCGUCCUGAUUUUCCAGCAGUGGGAUCUGAAGUUCUCAACCAACGAUGGGUAAUUUCUUCGGCCUUGGUCGAGACAAACCGCUGCCGUCCCAAUAUGGAGAGCAUCAAACACCAGUGACACACGACGUUGUUCUCGCUGGAUGGAUCACUGCGUUUAUCAUCAUCUACGCUUCUUUUCUUGUCAUUCUACCGGGAUAUUCAGGACGUAAGGGAUUGAACGUCGCCAUGAGGAUUACUUUUGAUCUUUACGUGGGUCUCUCCAUUAUUCUUGGACUUUUCGGGCAAGAAUGGGAGGUUGGACGCAUAACGAAUGUUCCAACGCCUUACAAACCCGGGACUGGGAAAGAAAUCCACGCUGACAUUGGACUUCACAUUGGCUUCUUGAAUGGUGGACGGCUUUUCACGUUGCUUUUCACGGGAGCAUUUGCAGCCUGGAUUUUGAUGAACAUUCUCAUGCGAAUGGUUGUGAGGCGUGGGGCUCAAUUCAUGGUGCUGACCGGAUCUCUGAUGAUUCUGUCAAACAUAAUUUGGAUUUCGACUCGAAAUUUCACUGAACUCGCCAUUCCUUUCGGAGACUCCGAGGACCACAUUCUGAGGACCCACUUCGGUUUCCACUUUUGGAAUUGUCUCAAUGCAGGAGUUCAAUCGUUUUUAGCCGGGAUUUCCCUGUAUUUUCUGGACCAAAAGUAUCCACAUUUGACGACUGAUUUUUUCGAAGUCGAUCCUCUGCUCGAGUAUGAAGAGGCACUUGUUAGGAGGUCAAUACGGACUGGUGCUAAGGAGCAAACGGAUCAGCGCAUUUCAGAAAUUCCCGGCGAUUGGCAAAAGCAAAGAUUUUUCGCCGAACGACAUGGCAUAAAGAUCAGGAAUGUCGACAACAAAACCGAAAUCAUAGAGAAAAUACAACCCAGCAAUCAUAAGGAAACUAGUCACAAAAACCAGGUCCCCGAGCCUCCAAGUUGGCAUCCAGGGCUUUCUCAUCAUCAGUGCUACAGUCUGAUUAUUGUUGCAAUCCUCUACUACCUUCAUGGAGUUCUAGCAUCACGAAGUAUGUACAUGAAGUUUGAAACCUGGGGUGGAAUAUUACCGACGAUAACUUUGAGUACGGCAAUUUGUUUCUCGGGAUGGGCUCGUGCUGCUGACUCGAUGCUGCACAAUUCCCUCGCCUUGAAAGUUGGACAAGCCCCGGAAAUCACAUACGUGAUUGCAUUCUCGGGAUUCAACAAGAUCCAGACACAACUGCACAAGCAGGACAGAGACACUGCAAAAGGGGGCAAGCAAAGGGGAUUACAAUGGGCUGACAGCAGGCUGUUUGACUCACUGGCUGACCCAAAAAAAAAGAGGGGAACACAAGCAGAAAGACAGCAGGCUGCAGCAUUUGCUAACUUUAAAGCACACAAGCAUUCCAGCCAGCUUGGGCUCACUGGCCUUGAGAUUGAACAAGUUUUUGGGUCCUGUUUCAACCGGAUGCUGGAGCUGCAUCGCUUUGGGCCACGACACAUGGUGGAACACUUUCCGGUGACCAAAGGGACAGUUAAAGAGGUGAGCAACCUCCCGGUUCCUCACGAGGAGCAGCGGUGUACCGAAGCUAUUGGAAAAGUUAUCCACGGCCACUACGCUGUAUCCGUGCUGCAACUCUCGAUCCCGUGUUACUGA